AUGAGCUUCUGGAAGGGUUGGGCGUUGUGGCAGAAGCUGAGCAUCGCUCUUGCGUUUCUCCUGUUCCUCGUACUCGUCUACUCCUUCACCGUUCUCACGUACAACCGGAGAAAGGUGAGGAAACAGGCUGCGAAAGAAGCAAAUGAGCGAGCAGAGCAGAAGGCUGAAAUGGGCGAGGUCGGGUCCGAGUCAAACGAAAUUCCAUUCGGCGCCACAGCGCUGGAGAAGGGGAUUGAAGUCGAGGGUAUUUGGACCAUGAAGCGACACUCCAUUGCUAAGCCACCAACAGUUUCGGAGAAGAGGAGAUCAUCAAUACUGGGUUCGCUGCUCAGACACAAGUCGACGGCCAGUAGUUUCCAGAUGCCUCACACGCUUGACAUCACUUCUACCAUCGGGGAUGAUUCGCAUCGCAGCUCGGGAACCGCAGAUGGCAAUGCUGAGAGUGUACUUGAAAGCAUUCACAUCGACACGUUUCGUUCGAGCCGGCCUCCAAAGCUUGACAUUGGUGGAAUGGGCCCUGGUGACCGUGAGGGACCAAAGCUAGUUGAAAACGAGAGACCUCUUUCUCGUCCGUGGUUCGUUUCUCGUAGCUCAUGGAUGAAGCCUAUUAUGGGAUACAAAAGAAUGUCUGUGCGUGACGGGCGUCGUCGAGGAUCGUCCGAGGAUUUCAGACGCAGAUUCAGCAAGCUCUUUGACGAGACCUUGCCGCCAGGACCGCCACGCCCAGCUGAAAGGUUUCAACUGACCCCCAUAUAUCAAGAGUCCAACGAGAGUAGUGGUAGGCCGUCCUUGGAGAGUAUUAUCGAGCAGCCAGUUAUUACAGGGUCAAAGGUGGAAGUCCAAAAACAGCAAGGUUGA